GGUAGAGACGGAUAUGGCAACGAAGAUGGAGAUGGAUAUGGCGACGAAGAUGGAGACGGAUAUAGCGACGAAGAAGAAGAUGGAUAUGACAACGAAGACGGAUAUGGCGACGAAGACGAAUAUGAUGACAAGGCACCAACGAAGGCACCAAUGGAAGCACCAAUGAAAGCACCAACGGAAGCACUAAUUAAAGUAAAAGCAGAACAUAUCGAUGUUAAUGAUUCAAACAAAGAUACCAAUGAGAAGUCGACAAUGUUAACGAUGAUAAAAGUGUAG